AGCAAGCUGGUGGAGCGGCAUUCGAGUGCAAGGCCCCCCCUCCCCUGGAAGCGUCCAUUCCUUUACCUAGAGCUAGCCAACGCGGGGAAAAGCUUUCGUUUCUUGCGGGAAUUCGGUUCGAGACAUCGGAUAAUUAACAAAAAGGGAAAAAGGGAAGGUAGAGCUUGUUUCCUUGCCCCGCAGGCCGGGAGAAAUGGUACGGACUGGCAUAUAUAGGCCGAGACUCCCCUGGUUUUGCAACCGCCUGCGUUCAGUAUUCUGCCCUGCGCGUGUCUCUCCUCGUGUAUUGCUCAUAUACGGAGUCAUAUUCCUUUCGGCUACUGCUCUCCUAGGGGUCAAGAUGCACGUGAAAAGCUAUUUCGCCGUGGCCCUGUCUGGGCUUCCGGUGCUUGCCACAGCCACUUCGGCUUCAUCCAACAGCAACGUGACGGCUGAGGAUGCGGCCCACUUCAAAGAGUACACCAUCAGCGCGGGGAACAUUAACGCGACCUUCAUUCCUUAUGGGGCUCGCCUCACCUCCUUGCUUGUGCCUGACCGUGAUGGCAAUGUACAGGACGUGGUAGUGGGCUACGACGACCCACUGCAGUACCUGACGGACACAGAGACUGUCCACACCUACUUCGGCGCGGUGGUAGGUCGGUACGCAAACCGCAUCAAGAACGGUACCUUCAACGUGAGGGGCCAGACGUACCACAUCCCGGAGAACGAACAUGACGGCGAAGACACCCUGCACGGGGGCUUCAUCGGUUAUGACCAGCGCAACUGGACGGUCACCAGUUAUACCGACUCCCACAUCACCUUUACAUUGCUAGACGAGGCCUUUCAAGGCUUUCCAGGAGAUGUCAUCACCCAUGCGAUCUAUAGCGUGGAUAACGAGGUCACCCCGGAGAACCCCAAGGGUCUGCCCCAAUUGACGACGAAGCUGGUGUCCCUGGCUCUGACUGAGAGGACCCCGAUCAUGCUUGCCAAUCACAUCUACUGGAACCUGAAUGCCUUCAAGGAGUCGACCAUUCUCAAUGAUACUUAUUUGGAGAUGCCCUGGUCUCCUCGGUACGUCGCUGUGGACGGCAUUGAAGUCCCCAACGGCACGAUCCUCGAGGUCUUUGAUACAUACAAUGGCGCGCUAGACUUCACAAGCAGCAAGCUGGUUGGCCAAGACAUCUUUGAGACCGAGGGUCUGUGUGGCACCGGCUGCACCGGCUACGACACCUGCUGGAUGGUCGACCGGCCGCCGUCCUACAGCGCGCCGGACUCCAUGAUCCCAUCGCUUCGGAUGAGCUCAAACACCACCGGCAUCGCCCUGGAGGUGACCACGAACCAGAACGCCCUGCAGAUCUACACCUGCAACGAGUUGGACGGGACCAUCCCUGUCCGGGCCUCGCAGCUGGAGCGUAACGAGGCCGAGGGCGACAACGCAACCUCCACGAUCAACCAAUUCGGCUGCCUCGUCAUCGAGACCGAGGGCUGGAUCGACGCCAUCAACUACCCGGAAUGGGGCCAGCAGACUACCCAGUUCUACGACCCGUUCGGCCCUCCGGCUAUCAACUGGGCAACCUACCGGUUUGAUACUAUUUCUUAAUCCUUCUGUCCAUAAGAAUCGGCUCUCCUAGGCUUUUCCUUGAGCCUCGGGCCUCGGGCCUAAAGGAAUGUUAUUCCAUCCUGUCACUCUCUCAAAAAAUCCUAUUUCACACAAUCAGGAUCCUGUCGCUGUCUUCCCAGUCGUCUGUCUAUCCUUAGCGCUUCGAUCGGCCACACCUUGUACAUACUGCAAGCAUACCCGA